GAGUGUCUGUUAAUUGACCAUUUUUGUUGUUGCUCCUACUUAUUUAAACUGCUUUAUAUUAUUUUUUUUCCCACAACAAACCUCUUUGUUUUCCUUUCCUCUUGGGACUUCUACAUCUUCUCUCUCCUCCAAGAAAAUUCUAUUUUUUUUUUUUCCCUGUGUGAGAGUUCUUGAAGUUUUCUAUUAAGGGUCAUGAGCUCUGUCGAUUCAGUUUCCACUUGGGGUUGUAAAACAGGAAAAUAUAUUACGGGCAUAUAAUAAAGAGUAUUUUGUGCUGAGCUUCUUUCACUAUAUGUUCCUGUGUUCUGUUGUACUGAAUUAUGCAAUUGGUUAGUGCAGAGUAACACAUGAUUUAUCAUAAAAGAAAUUGACACAAUCAUGAAGUUUAUGAAACUGGGAUCUCGUCCAGAUACCUUCUACACUACUGAGUCAGUAAGAUCAGUCUCUUCUGAAGUUUCAAGCGACCUCAUAAUUCAAGUGAAAGGAAGUAGAUAUCUUCUUCACAAGUUUCCCUUGCUAUCCAAAUGUGUCCGCCUUCAAAGGUUAUGCUCAGAGUCUCAAGAUUCUCCUCAGCAUCAAAUAGUUCAACUCCCUGAUUUUCCUGGUGGGGUGGAGGCAUUUGAACUUUGUGCUAAGUUCUGCUAUGGUAUUACUAUCACUCUCAGUGCUUACAACAUUGUAGUUGCAAGAUGUGCUGCCGAAUACUUGCAUAUGACAGAGGAUAUUGAGAAGGGGAACUUGAUUUAUAAGAUUGAGGUUUUCUUCAAUUCUUGCAUUCUUCAUGGUUGGAAGGAUUCUAUUGUGACUCUACAAACCACCAAAGCAUUGCCUUUGUGGUCAGAGGAGUUGGCAAUUACCAGCAGAUGCAUUGAAGCCAUUGCCUCAAGGGUAUUAAGCCACCCCUCAAAGGUGAGUUUGUCACAUAGUCAUUCACGAAGGGUAAAGGAUGAUAAUGUAUCUUGCAAUGGAACAGAAAGUCUGAGACAUAAAUCAACAAGCAAAGGAUGGUGGGCUGAAGAUUUGGCAGAAUUGAGCAUAGAUCUUUAUUGGAGAACCAUGAUAGCUAUCAAAUCUGGUGGCAAGACACCUUCGAAUCUCAUUGGUGAUGCAUUAAAAAUUUAUGCAUGUAGAUGGCUACCAAAUAUCACCAAGAAUGGACAUGUCAAGAAGGAAGCUGAAUCUGAUUCUGAUUCAGAUUCAGCAAGUGAAAUAACUUCAAAGCAUCGUUUGCUUUUGGAAUCAUUAGUAAGCUUGCUUCCACCAGAGAAAGGCGCAGUUUCUUGCAGCUUCCUUCUUAAACUCUUGAAGGUAGCAAAUAUUCUUCAUGCUUCUUCUUCAUCAAAGAUGGAAUUAGCUAGAAGGGUUGGACUUCAAUUGGAGGAAGCCACAGUAAAUGAUCUUUUAAUACCCUCACUAUCUUUUACAAAUGAUAUGCUGUAUGAUGUGGACUUGGUGAUGACCAUAUUGGAACAAUUUAUGUUGCAAGGUCAGAGUCCACCAACAAGCCCUCCAAGAUCAAGGUUGGAAUUUGAAAGAAGGAGGUCUCGUUCAGCUGAGAAUAUUAACUUGGAUUUCCAAGAGAGUAGGAGGUCCUCCUCAGCAUCUCAUAGCUCAAAACUGAAGGUGGCAAAGCUUGUGGAUAGGUAUCUUCAAGAGGUUGCCAUGGAUGUGAAUUUGCCUCUGUCGAAAUUCAUUGCUCUUGCUGAAACUAUACCAGAUUUUGCAAGACAUGAUCAUGAUGAUCUUUACAGAGCUAUUGACACUUAUCUCAAGGCUCAUCCAGAACUCAACAAGAGCGAAAGGAAAAGACUAUGUCGAAUUCUAGACUGCAGAAAACUGUCUAUGGAAGCCUGCAUGCAUGCAGCUCAGAAUGAACUACUCCCCCUAAGAGUGGUUGUUCAAGUUCUCUUCUUUGAGCAAGCUCGAGCAGCAGCAGCUGGUGGCAAAGUGAGUGACAUGCAAAGCAACAUCAAGGCAUUACUCACUGCACAUGGCAUUGACCCAUCAAAACAUACAGCACCAUUAAGUACUACUACAAGUAUACAUGGGGAUGACCAUUGGAAUGUUUCUAGAUUCAAGUCACCAAUGUCAACAAGGAACUCAACUCUCAAGAUGAAGCUUGCUGAGGAUGAUGACGACUUAGAUGAAAAUUAUGGAAAUGGGAGAACUUCUAGAUUUAAGGGUCUUCGUGCUCUUCCUACUCAACCCAAACGAAUGCUUAGUAAGUUGUGGUCUACCAACAGAAGCACCACUGAAAAGAAUUGAGUGAUUACUUUUUUUGUUUUUUAAUUUUCCAGUUGGGAAUGGUAAAUUUAGAGGGUAACAUAUACUAUAUUUUUCUCUUUUUUAAAAGGCCUUGUAAGUUCUAGGAAAAUCAAUGAAUCUACUUGUAACCUGUAAUAAUAAGAAAUGAAGUUUUCUCAACAUGAUAAGAAAUCCCUUCGGUAAAUCUCUCAGAGGGUGUUUGGUAGAAGGUGAAAAAAAAAAAUUCUUGGAAAAU